AUGAUUUUCGGUUCCUCCCCCAAAUCACUCCAACGCUGGAAAGGAAACUCAGCUCUUCCUAAUGCUUCCGUCUCUGGUGGUUUCUCUAUAAAUCCCGCUUGCGCCCUCUACCGUCUAGAAGUCCAAGGACCCAUCUUGUUUCCUACAUAUGCCGAGACCUCCUCGCCGGAGCCCGACCUUUCAACUACCUCCCUCGCCAACAGCAAGUACCACACAACCAGGCCAGACUUUCAUCCAUACCUACGGUCUCCGCCCCCCCCCCCCCCCCCCCCCCCCCCACACACACACACUCGCACUCACACACGCACUCACGCCCCGCUGCUCAAGGACCCCAUCCGACAUCGUUCUCUGCCUGUCGCAAGUCGAGCCAGCACUACCAAUACAGCCCCUGGAGAGGAUAUCGUUAUGUCAUCCACCGCUGCCAAUCAAGGCUCUGUCAACUUCUGGGCGCACCAGACUACGGAGCCGUCUCUAUCACCACCUGGCAAUACUGGCCCAACCUGUGCAUAUUUCUUCUUCUUCCUUUCUGUCCCCUCUCCCGUGUUUUUCCCCGUGGCGUUGGUCUCCUCGAAUAUCGGCCAGGCUGACGUUGAGGCUUGUAGGAACACCACCCCACGCGCGCCAGUAUUACCUGCACAAGAAACACAGGAUGGCCAUUCCCGCCUCCACGCCUUCGAGUCGGACGAUCAACUUGAUGCCCGCAGCAUUCAUCACACCGGGUCGGUCGAGCGAAAGAGAGGCCGCGCUCAGCGUGUGAAUACUGUCAUCGCGGCGGUCGACCGGCUGAUCCCCAGCAGGGCCAACGGCGCGCCCGCUCAAGGACGACAUAACAACGACGACCAGGACACGGACCUUCGAGGGGUCGGCGCACAAUUCUCGGAGGGAGUAGCCAAUUCCGACAAUAAUAGCCAGUGA